AUGAAACGGCUAGAAACAAGUGCGUUGCGGCGAGUGCUGCGUCGCCGGGUAGUCAUCUCCCCUCGUCUCUCCCGAGCUCCCUCACGCAUCCUCGUCCCUUCCAACACCCUCUUUCUGCUCCUCCUCCUACUCCCUCUCAACCUCACACCAUCGUGGUCAUUGGACUUGCUUGCUUCGCGGUCCUCCUCGACAGAAUCUGGGGAUGCGCUCGGCGCGCCCCGAGGUGGCGCGUCUCGGAGAAAGGUCUUCCCCUCGGCAAAACCUGGGGAUGCGCUCGGCGCGUCCCGUCUUGACGCGAUUCGUAUAAAGAUUCCUUUCUCGGCAGAAUCUAGGGAAGAGGUCAGCGCGGUUGUGCUGGCGGAGGGCGGCGCGAACGAGGAUGGUGCUUUUGAGUCAACUCAAAAGGAGAGAAUAGUUUUCGUUGACCCAAGUGUCACGCCCCCCUCCCUUGCCUCGGCUUAUGGUUGGCAGGCAGGAGCGCAUGUGGCGCCGGUGGAUGCAGGCGACUCAAAGCGGGCAGGAGCGCACGUGGCGCUGGUGGAUCCAGGCGACUCAAAGCGGGUGCCUUUUUUCCCUCUCUCUUGCCUUGGGCUGGCUGGGGCCAUGACAGGCGGGAGCGCACGUGGCGCCAUCUACGGCGGUUGCGGCAGAGGACAGACGGAGUACGACCUGCAACCCGUGCGCUGCAACCCGUGCGCUGCAACCCGUGCGCUACAACCCGUGCGCCGCAACCCGUGCGCUGCAACCCGUGUGCGCUACAAGCCGUGGGCUACAAGCCGUGUGCGCUACAACCCGUUUGCGCUACAAGCCGUGUGCUACAACCCGUGUGCGCUACAAGCCGUGUGCUACAACCCGUGUGCGCUACAAGCCGUGUGCUACAACCCGUGUGCGCUACAAGCCGUGUGCUACAACCCGUGUGCGCUACAAGCCGUGUGCUACAACCCGUGUGCGCUACAAGCCGUGUGCUACAACCCUAGGUUCGAGGGGCGGUCAGCAGCAGCGGAUGUGGAAGGGUGCAGAUUUAGAGUCGCCUCACUCACCAGGAGGCCUCAGCCCCUCAUUGACCAUUCCCCUUCCUCGCCUCACCCAUCCCCUUUCGCCCUGCCCCGUGCGCCUCACUUCACCUGGGCUGUGAAAGGGUCCGAGGGGCUAUCACCAACAGCGGACGUGGAAGGGUGCAAGUAUGCGUUUCUGAUACCCGGCCAGUGGCACGGCCUGGGCAACCGAAUCAUGUCUUUAAUCUCCACAUUCACAUACGCCUUCAUCACGCAUCGAGCCAUACUCAUGCCGGACGACGGCCUCAUGCCCUCGCUCCUCUGCAACCCCUUCGAACACUCCUCCUGGCUCAUCCCUGCCUCCCACUUCUGGGGCAUCAAGGCGGACUUGGAGCAGGGCCCUCGCAACGUGGCAGAGAGGGCGGACAGGCACUCUCGAGGGGUGUUCUGCCACCUGGACUGGGUAACGCCCGAGGAGGAGUGGACGUUCUUCUGCCGGCGCACACAGGAGGAGGUGGCGGAGAAAACCUUUAUGAUGUUCUGGAGUGACAUGUACUUCGUGCCGCCUCUCUACUUGGUGCCCUCCCUCGCGGCUCGCCUGGAGGUACUGUUUUCGGAUCGCCGCGUCUUCACACACGUUGCACGCUACAUCCUCCUGCCAGCCAACUACCUGUGGGAUCGCAUAGUGAGGGCCUUUCACGGCCACAUGGAGCACCAGGACGUGCUAGUGGGCUUGCAGGUGCGCCCGGUGGACGAGACCCAGGAGGACAUAUUCGAUCGCGUGCUGACGUGUCUCGUCAGCACGCAGUACCUGCCAGCUGUCAUCCCACCCGACCAAUGGCAGGCCAUGGCUGACGACGUGGACGAUGAGGGGUUGAGAGGAGCGCACGGGCAGUCAAUCGGUGUGUUCGUGGCAUCUCUCAACGGCACCUAUGGUGCUCGCCUCGCCGCCCUCUACUCUCAAGGCAAACCCCAAUCAGCGCACACUGUGACGUUUCACAGCGAGUCUCAUGACUCAACGGAGAGGCAGGACGACAGGCAGCAGUACGCAUCAGCGCUCGUCGAGAUGUUUCUCCUCUCCUUCUCUCACCGCCUCGUUGUCUCCGACUACUCCACCUUCGGGUACACGGCAGCAGCACUGGGUGCGCUGGACCCAUGGUCGCUAAACAUCGUGAAGCGGGAGGGGGCGGACUGGCGCCGCAACAACCGCCCCGUCUGCCAGCGCACCGAGUCACAGCCCUGCUCCCUCUCCAUCCGACCGAAAUUCACGUGCCCUGACGGCGACUCACACACGACAGAGAGCGAAGUGUCAUUCGUGCGGUCGUGCCCUGUGAUUGGUGCCGGGCUUCAUUUGGAGCUCCCUCCUCUUCCCGACUCCUCGUGA